CGCGCCGCACGUGGCACGAAUGCGAUACAGGAAGCACGGAGGAGGCGGACCCGGGCCGCCCCUCAUCAAGCGGCAGACAGCUCCGCCCCACCUCGCUCCGCCGUGCCGCUUUUCCUCGUGCCGCACCGAGCUGCUCGCAGCCACUUUUCCGCGCUCCGAGAUGCCGUUCUUCAGCGUGCCCAAGGAGGUGGCCGUCGGCACGGCCAUGCUCGGGGUCGCCUUCGCGACGGGGCUGCUGGCAGGUAAAAGAUAUCCAUCCCUAUUGUUUGGGACAUCCAAACCACACAGGAGUAUUAUUGGGAAAAGCAGCCCUCUGUGGCAAUAUAUACUGGAUCAUUCCUUGAGGGAGCAUCCGAUUCUCAAGAAGCUGCGCCUGCUCACUGCAGAAUAUCCCUGGGGCAGAAUGAUGGUGUCCUGUGACCAGGCUCAGCUGAUGGCAAAUUUAAUCAAGCUCAUUAAAGCCAAGAAAGUUAUUGAAGUAGGAGUUCUCACAGGAUAUAAUGCCUUGAGUAUGGCACUUGCCCUACCAGAUAAUGGCAGAGUUAUUGCUUGUGACAUAAAUGAAGAUUAUGCCAAAAUUGGAAAGCCACUGUGGAAAGAAGCAGGAGUAGAUCAUAAAAUUGACCUACGGAUUAAGCCAGCUACUCAAACACUUGAUGAGCUGUUGGCUGGUGGAGAAGCAGAAACCUUUGACUUUGCUUUCAUUGACGCGGAUAAAGAAACCUACAAUGAGUACUAUGAAAAAUGUUUGCGCCUCAUAAGGAAAGGGGGAAUAAUAGCUAUUGAUAAUGUUCUUCGGUGUGGAAUGGUGCUAAAACCAAGAAAGGAUGACUUGGCAACACAGAGCAUCCACCAGCUCAAUGAGAAGCUUGUCAGAGAUGCACGAGUCAAUAUCAGCAUGAUCCCAAUGGGGGAUGGAGUGACAUUGGUGUUCAAGUUGUAAAUGGAGGUGUCCCAGCACAUGGGAAACAGUAAGCAUCAGAUCACCAGCAGAAAUGUAGCCAGAAUGCUGUCAAAAAUGAUUAUUUAACCCACAUCUCCACAGCACAGCGCAGCUUAGGAAAGUAGACUUAAGAAUCAUCAAGACUCUAAGGGCAGCUAAGUUGAGGAGAAUAAUUUGCUUGGCAAUAUAGUGUGGCUUCUUAUUUUAAUUAUUUUAAUUAUAAUAAAGGAAGCAUAUUAGAAAAUUACCUUUUUAAAACAAUGAUUAAAAAAAAAUAAAUGAAUUUGUGUAGAAUGACUGACUUCCAACUACGUCAGUACAACAAAGAGAUUUUCUGUCCUGAAAGAGGGUACUGAGUCUGAGACAAAAGGUGGGUAAGGACACAGGGAAUUAAAACAUGGAAAUAUUAAGUAAUUGAGGCAAGACCAUGGAGAAGACCAAAAUCACCCUCUGAAACAAAUCUUAACCACUAGAAUAUUCUUCCCUUAUGUUUUCACUGAUUAGAAGGGACAUUAAUUGCACCUUCUACUGAUGAGGGGUAAGUCCUGAAUUUGGACAGGAAGAAGGGGUUUAAGUAGCAGCUAGAUAAAGCACCAGUUAAGCUGAGAGAAAAUAAAAACUGCUGAUACAACUCAGCACAAAUUUGCAUUAACUAAGAGCAAAAAGGUCACACUUUUUAAUAACUAAGAAGGACAAAGCAAAAAAUCUUGUAUGUUACUAGGAAAUCAGAGAAAAAAAAAAUCCAUUUUCUGGUUGCCUUA